GGUCUGAAGACUGAACACAGCCAUGGCAGAAAGUUGUGUGUGGAAGUAUUGCAAAGAAGAGAAGGAGGGAGACAGCGCUGUUAUUGUUCAGUUUUCCAAUGGCAGUCUGAAAAACACAGAGCAGCUUGACUUCUCCUUGUAUAAGAACGUUGAUGGCAGCAACGCCAGGAAGAAACACAGACGAAUCCUUGUGGCUGAAACGGACAGGCUUUGCUACGUUGGAAAUAACUUUGGAGCGGGGUCCUUGAAAUGCAACACUCUUUGCAAGUAUUAUGUCGGCGUCCUAGACAAAAAGACCAGGAGAAUGGAAGUUCACAGUGCCCAGCUGUUUAACAUGCAGCCUGUCAUCCCAGGGGAAUCUCCACUGGAGGAAGAAACCCUGCCAAGCACGUCCAAGUCAUACAGGGAUAAGGUGGACUCCCUGAUUGAGGCGUUUGGCACCAACAAACAGAAGCGUGCUCUGAGCUCCAGGCGGCUCAACCAGGUGGGCAGCGAUACCCUGCAGCAAGCCGUGGCCAAAGCCGCCAACACCAUCAUUGACCAGAAAGGCUUGGAAGCCCUGGAGGAGGAUGUGGCUGCGAGUAAGGCCCAGAUGGACACCGUACCGUACCUCCCACAGUGUCACGCUGACGCUGACAAACCAGAGGACGUAUACCUGUUUGAUGACUUCCUGUCCCCAGUGGAGUAUGAGGCUCUUGAGGCCCCCAGCCGGAAGUUGAUGGAGCUCUCCCCAGAGGACUUGCAGAAGAUGGCCCAGGAUGGCAGCUCCCUGUCAGUGCUCCGGCUGCUACAGGACCUCCCAGAGGCGGGUGAGUCACGGGAGCGGAGCAUCCGCUGCCUGUGGUACCUCUCCCAGCUCAUCAAACUGGCCCAAAAGAAGAGCAUCACCCGCAAAUUUGGGCUGGAGGAUGGAUGCCCCCGCAUCAUCCAGAACAAGCUGAUGAGGACUUUCACUGUGGAAACCUUCAAUAAUGGCAGGAUUCAGAACAUGGUGCCCACAUCCAUGAAGGUAAAGCUGGCCUCCUGCUGCCUGGUCCUGCUGCUCCACCUGGGGGGCAUGACAGCCGACCUAACACUGCUGCACCGGGACCUGGGAAUCACUGAGAACAAGAUGCUGGAGGUGGCGAAGGCCAUGCGGCUGAGGUUGAGCAGGCAGCCCGUGACGGCGGAGAGCGAGGCGGGUCUGGAGGACGGCCACAGGCUGGCCACGCUGGAGCUGCCGCUGGCCAAGUACGAGCAGGCCGGGCAGCGCAGGAAACGCAAGAAGAUGUAGUGAGCGGAGAGUCCAGAGAGCACGGGGACUGCGGUGCCGAGCGCCACCAGGCAGCGGAAAUGGCACCUCUGUGUCACAUGCCACAGCUGGGCUGGAGAAAUAUGGACAGUCUCGGAGAAACGGCAGAGGGGAGGAUCGGCCAGUACAGCACGGCCACAACUUCAGCUCCUCCGCACCCAGAUUUAUCCCAUACAUUUUUCAUCGAUGCAUGCCACAAACAAUUCAGAAGUGUAUGUAACCCAUUUAUGAGGAAAUGGUUUACUCAGACUACACCUUGAUAUACAUGUAUAUCAGGGACUGGAGUGAUACCCAGUUUUUGGAGUUUUUUGUAUUUCUGUACAGGAUAAAUCAAUUGUGUAUUGGGCUAUGAGAAAUAUGAGAAUUUGAGAAUUUGGGAGCAAGUAUU